AUGGCCCCAAAAAAGGCCAAAAAGCAGAAGGAUAAUAAAGAGAAGCCCGACAAAGGAAAUCAAGGCAAAAAGAAUUCGAAGAAACAAAAGAAAGACGGGAGACAAGAAGAACAUCAAGAGCAGCAUCAAGACGACGAACAACAGCAGCAGAAGCAGGAGGAAGAAUUGCAGUCACCACAACCACUUGAUCAGCCUCAGGAUCAAGCUCAAGAGCAAGAUUCUACACCCGCCGAAGGAGAACCAGCCGAAGUAAUUCACACAUCUCCACUUGCAUCACCGAAAGUCGACCCCCUGGAGUCUCCCGCAAUAGAGACUUUACCGCAUUUACCCGAGCCCAUCGCAACUACACCUCUUGCAACUACUGUGAAUUUUGCCGGGGAGGACUCCCCGUCUCCAGAGACUGCUCCGAAUCAAGCUCAACCCGAAAAUCAUUUCAGUGAAAACGAAGACCGCGAAGAGCCCGCUAAUACUACUCUGAACGAAGUCGAGCCGGAGGCUGCAAUAGAACCCGAAAACCAACCCGAACAGCCAGUUGAGGACGACUCUGAGCAGAAAGCACCCGAGCAUAAAAUAGAAGUGGAAGAAGAAUUUCCUCCAACUCCAAGAGUUACAACCCCAACUCCGAACCAGGUAGAAGCUGAGACGGAAUCGCUAUCUCUCAUCCCGAGAGCCCUCAGCCCAACAUUGAACAACACAGAAGCGGAGCCAGAAUCUCUAUCUCCGAGUCCAAAAGUUGCAACUCCGACUUUGAACGAGGUAGAAGCUGACAUAGAACCUCAACCUCCCGCCCCGAGAACCCCGACUCCGAUUGUAGAUAAAGCCCCGUCCCUACCUGAGGAAGCCGAUCAAGAUCCUGUCAAUGUAUUCGAUAGCUUUCAUAAAUCUAGAGAAUCAGUACCGACCCCGACAGAAAUAGCACCCAAAACUCAACGACUACCACCCGCAGCAGAACCACGCUCCGCUUCACCAGCAUUGCCUUCAGCAAAGCCAAAAACCAGUUCUCCGCCUGUAUACGGGUAUCCGCAGUCUAGAUCACCUGCACCCGUCCAUUCCCCACAUUACGCUUACAGUGUCCCAUAUACACACCCUUACGCGCCAACGCCGGUUUACCCCAACGGAUCAUUCCACGACGUUCAUUCCGGAGGAGCAAUGGCCGUAUCAGUCGCACCUCAUUGUUCCCCAGCUGUACGCCCCUCCGCCAUGGACGGGUACCAUUCUAGGAUCGCGAGUCGCGGAUCUUUCAGCCGUGGGCAUGCGGAUUAUCCAUAUAACGGGUCGUAUCACCAACCAAAGCAGCGAGGGUCUACGCCAACGCAACAACGACCCGCUGAGAAUGGCAACUCCGAAUCGCUUCACGUUGAAGGUGACACUAUCAAACUUCUUCAACGGAUCCAAAACGUCAUUCCCGACAUCAAUCGACUUGUUACCAGUUACCGUGAUACACAAAACCAAUUAUCCGCUCAUGUCGCUCAAAGCAGACAGAUAGAGGAGCAACACGAACGGUCCUUGAUGGAAAAAGAGUUUUAUAUCGAUGCUCUCCAGGCCCAAAUACAAAAGACAGCCAAGGAAAACGCCGCUGAAGUCGCGAAGUUGAGGAACAGAAUUUCUGAACUCAGAAUGGAGCUUGGUGGCUUGCAGGAGCAGCAUCGCGAUGUCGAGGAUAGUUUGGAAGAACUAAAGAAGGCGAAUGAUGAGCUCACUUUGGCACGAGCCGACCUAGAACAGGAAAUUAGCAACCUCCAGCGGACGAUCCAAGAACAAGCAGCCACCCACGCGCAAGAAUUGCAGCGACAAGAGCAGCUGAGAGAGGUGGCCCUUGCCACUCAAAAGGAGGAGCUUGAAGGUUACUUCCAGGAAAUCAAAAAUGAGGACGACCGGCUUGCUGCCGAGCAGCUCCAAGCCCGCGAGCAGGAAUUGUAUGACGAACGAGACAAGCUCAACGCAAAUUGGGAACAGCGAUUGCAGGACCUCGAACAAUCCAAAACCGAAAUGGCAGCCGAUUAUGACGGCAAAUUACAGUCCAAACAGGGCGAGUUGGAUACAAAGCAGGGUGAAUUAGAAUCAAAGCAAGCCGAAUUGGACGCAAAGCAAGCCGAGCUCGAAGCUAAGCAAGGCGAACUCGAUGCGAAGCAGGAGGAGCUAAAUACAGCAAAAUCCGACCUAGAAGCGAAGCAAGCUGAACUCAAGGCAAAGCAGGGUGAACUGGAAGCGAAGCAAGCAGAGGUUGACGCGAAGCAAGAAGAGAUCAGUGGCUUAAAGUCGGAAUUGGAGUCAAAAAUCGCUGAAUUGGAAGGCAAGCAGCACGAACUCGAAGGCAAACAGGCUGAACUUGAUUCCAAGCAAACCGAACUACAGUCGAUUCAAGCGGCACUGGAAGAUGUUAAAACCGAACUUGAGGAAAAGAAAGCAGAACUGGAGUCCAAGCAGGCUGAACUGGAAGCUAAGCAAAACGAGCUUACCGCCAAGCAGGCUGAACUUGACGAUGUGAAAGAACAACAUGCCGCCGAAUUGGCCACCUUGCGAGCCGCUCUUGAAGAGCAGACGAAUGCAGCCAAAGCAAGCGAGGAGAAGAUCGCCGCGAUGACUACCGAGCAGCAGCAAAAAGAAGAAGAAUGGCAAAAGGAUCGCGAAGAUUUUGAGGCGCAGCUUCGCCAGAAAGCGGGAGAAUUGGAAGAGGUUCUUAAGGAAAAGGAGGCACUCGCUCUGGACGGAAAGACUAGGGAAGAGCAGCUUCAGAACAUCGUAGAGGAGAUGCGACAGACGCAUGAUAAUUUGAAUAAGGAUCGUGAGAGGCUCAAGAAGACAUUGCAUAGUUUGGGUGAGGCGACGGAUAUGAAGAUUAAAGGGGAUGCUUUCUUCAUUGACUGCUUCGGCGACCUCUCCCGCCUCAUCGUUGAACUGUCGAAAGAGUAUUUCACAUAUAUUCCCAUCGAGCCGCCGGGCGAUAUUCUAGCGAAGAUUCCUUCGGAUCUUCCCCAAUUUCUCGACAACACUCCAGCAUCCCGCGAACUCCGGGCUGCUUACGUCCAACAUGUGGUUUCCAAAACCCUCACGUAUAGAAUCUUCCAACCGUUCCUGUUUACCCUAGGUCGCCGAUAUGACAAAGCGGACACCUUUUUCCAGAUGUUAUCGAUUGACAUCCGCCGCAAAUCCGUUCGCCGUGAAGCAUUUUGGAGACAGCAAACGUUGAGAGCUGCUUACACCACUUCUGACGCUAAACAGUCGAUUAAUGUGGUGGCCGCAGUCAUUGUUGACGAGAUUGUUGACCACAUCCGCCACUUCACCGACCCGAAACAUCUUGAUUCCCUUCUCACCAGCGUCCGAAAGAUUGUCAAGUUGGCGGCAGAGACGUGGCGCCUGGCUCGUGUCGAAAGAGAGCUGAUUGUGGCCUCCAUGCCUUCGGCGCAAGACGACCAAACCGCCAAUGAGCUCUGGGACGAAUUUGUCUACGACCCAGCGUCGCCUUCACCGACAAGAGAGUCAACUGGCGCAAGGACCCCUCUCCUCCGGAUGCUUCCACAUAUCCAGCGGGAACCAGCGCACGAAGAUUUCCUCCAGCCCGAGGAAGCGGAGAAGGCCAACUUAUGUGUCUAUCUUCCCGGGGUAAUACUGUAUACUGACUCGCCGUGCGUUAUGGCGAGAAAGGAAGAGCUUGCUAAGAAGACCGUUGAAGCGCCAACCCCUGCAGACGGGCCGGUGGAAACGAACGGUGCUCAUAGCCAACCCAACGGUACAGCCACAUGCGAAGACGCUCCGGAGGAGAAGGCAGAAGCUUGA